GUUAGGGCGCGGGGAGGAGAGAGUGUGGGGCAGAGGUGGGGAGGGGAGAGAGGGACAAGGUGGGUGAUACGGCUGGACAAAGAAUUAAAUGGCCCGACGUGCACCCAUGGAUAAAGUGUCGCGGAGAGGCGGCGGGACCGGGCUGAGCGGAGAGCGAUGGAGGAGGCGCGGACGGCGCGGUUUCAGCACCAAGCGGCGAGGGACAGCUCCCCGCGGAGGGAAGCGGGCGGGGAGCGGAGUUACUCACUCAGGGGAUGUGGAUCAGACUUGAAGUGCCCACACCCCCAGUGCCCUUGGACUGAGGAGGCAGCUAAGGGUGAAAGGUUGCCCUUGCACCUGCUCGGCCUUCAGCAGGUUGAUGUUACAGAGACCGACAGAGGAAGGAUUGGGAAGAGGGAGAAGCUGGUUCAUCGUUGCUCCCAUCCGUCUUCAGCCACAGAGAUUCUGCAGGGAAUCAGGCCCUUCGGCCCACCGAAUCCGUGCUGGUUUGCAAAGAGUUGUCGAGUCAAGUGUGGGAGCCAUAAGCAUCGCCCCCUCCCCCCGCCCCUCCACACCACGAAUUUCUUGUUCCUGUUUGCUGUAUUGUGCUGGAUCACUCACAGUCCUGGAUGAUGCCAGCGGGAUUUAGGAAGAGGUUGCCGUUCAUCGGCGAGUUAUCCUGAGCUAGGAAGACCCAAAGGAAGAGAGGCAGGGGUCUCGGGGGAGAGGGGCAAGAACGGGACCAGGGAGGGGGAGAGGCCUCUCUCAACUGAGCCCCUAAUCAGGCAAUGCCAGGGCUUUAAACCACUGCACUGUCUGACCUCCAGCCCCAGUUCGGCAAGGCUGGUCAGCGCCUUUCCCGCUGGAAGCCGUUGGCUAGCCUCCUGCCUGUUCCCGAGCUCGGGAAAUGCUUGGAGGGGGAGAAGCCGAAGGGAGAACCUCUGAGGGUGGAGACGGCUGGACCCUGCAGGCUGUCCGAUGGGGACCCUCCUCCAUCAGCUGAAAGGAAGCUGAGUGCCAUUGGCCCGAAGAAAAAGAUCGCUCAAUUUGCGGUGACCCGUGGGGGGGCUUUGGGUUUUGCAAGCGGCAGGUGAGGGAGAGCUGUGGGACCCGAAGCUCGCACCACCCGCGAGGCUCGAGAGGUGCCACGGAUCAGGCAAGACUGGGCCCCUUACCCCCACUGAGAACCAAGGUGCAUUCGCGUAGCGCCCUCGCUCCCAGCCCCAGGACACCCCAGAGAGCCCCUUGCAACCAGUGGAGGCUGGUGAUGUAAGAGACAUGGCCACCGAUUUGCCCACAGAGUGUAGCUUCAGAGCCUUGUAGGCGUAUAUACCAAUGCCCAUAGACCCAUAGGGAGGUACAGCAAGAUCCCACUAAGAUUGAUGAGAUAAAUGGCCAGUGAACCCGUCCAACCCUGGACAUCCUAGACCAUUCUGGGACCAUAUUCCAUCCAGCUGAGAGGACAAAGUGGACUCAAACAACGUCACUUGAAAGACGGCACCUCCGACCGUGCGGCACGCCCUCCGCACCACCCCGACCCUGAACUUGAACCCACGACCCUCGGAGGUGGAGGUGACAGAGUGGGGCCUCUCCUCCCCGUGCGAUGUAGGUGGGUGGUGUCAGCUUCCCGGACCAUGACGGCGGUCUAUGCCAUCAGCACGGCCAUGGUCAACCACCGGUACUCGCGCUGGGGCGAGGACUACCCGCGGCCCGAGGCCUACGAGGAGGAAGGGGAAGGGCAGCUGCGGAGGCUGACCCCGCUGGAGAGGCUGACCCACGAGCUGGCCCAUGAUGAGCAGACCAUCAGGGAGGUGACGCUGGGCAAGAGGAUCGGCUUCUACCGCAUGCGUGGACAGAUUGGCACUGGCAACUUCUCCCAGGUCAAACUGGCCAUCCACUCGCUGACGAGAGAGAAAGUUGCCAUCAAGAUCCUGGACAAGACCAAGUUGGACCAAAAGACCCAGCGGCUGCUGUCCCGAGAGAUUGCCAGCAUGGAACGACUCCACCACCCCAACAUCAUCAGGCUGUACGAGGUGAUCGAGACCCUGUCCAAACUCCACCUGGUGAUGGAAUACGCUGGCGGCGGGGAGCUCUUCACCAAGAUAAACACCGAGGGCAGGCUGCCGGAGGCUGACAGCAAGGUCAUCUUCGCCCAAAUCGUCUCAGCUGUCAAGCACAUGCACGAGCAGGGCACCGUUCACCGGGACCUGAAGGCCGAGAACAUCUUCUACGCAGACAACACCUGCGUCAAGGUGGGCGACUUUGGCUUCAGCACCGCUUGCCAGCCGGAUGAGACCCUCAGCACCUUCUGUGGCUCGCCGCCUUACGCCGCCCCCGAGCUCUUCCGGGACGAGAGCUACGUGGGGGCCUUCGUGGACAUCUGGGCACUGGGUGUGCUCCUCUACUUCAUGGUGGCGGGGUCCAUGCCCUUCCGGGCCGACACGGUCACCAAGCUGAAGAGGUGCAUCCUGGAGGGGACUUACCCCGAGCCGGCCCACCUCUCGGAACCCUGCCUGCGCCUGAUCCGGGGGAUCCUGCGACCGGUGGCCAGCGAGCGCCACGGGCUGGCCCAGAUCCUCCGCAGCGAGUGGAUGAGGGGGACCCGGUCGCCCCGGCCCCUUGAGGCCUUCCCGCUGGACUCGGGGCACCUGGCCGGCCCGGGGGAGCCGCUGAGGCGGGAGCAGGCGGAGGUGAAGGGAGUGCUGGCCCGGCUAGGUGUGACAGAGAGCCACCUCCGGGAGAACCGGGGCAAGGACGCGCGCAGCGCAGUCACCGGCCUCUACCGCAUCGUCCUGCACCGUGUGCAGAGAAGGCAGGCGCCAGAGAUGGUCCCCCUGACCCCACUCCCCCUGCCGGACCACCCCAGGAAAGACCAGGCCAAGCUCAGCAGGGCGGCGGGACAGACCUCCAAGUUCUGCUCCAUUUUAUAGGACCAACUGUUGUAAGGAAAGGUUCUUUGAGGUCUCAAAGGGCGAGGACUCUGGACACAGUCUUUGGAGUUUAAAAAUGAUUUAUUCACAAAGACAAACUUGGGGACAGAAUGAACGGAAAGGGAUGCAGACAUGCACACACACAGGUGAUCGCGAAUGUGGGGGAAUCACAGCGAGGGUGAGAUACAUAUACACACACACACACACACACACACACACCCCACAACAAACUGGUUAGAAAUGAUCAGGGGGAAAAAAAUACGAUGCCUGAACCCCCUGACUCAGUGCAAGCAUCGGCUCUACGCCGCCGGGAAUCUACUUAGGACGCUCCUAACCCCUGUGGAAGUGCCCACUCUUACCAAAGGUCCCCUCGGCGUGGUUUCGAUUCCUGGAGCAAUCAAAAGAGAGUGAACCACGCACAUGUGGCACUCUUUAUAGUGCUGGAGGGCUGGGUGGAGCCAGCCCAGGUAAUUCAAACGAUCCAAUGAUUCACGGCCAGGUACAAAGGUGUGUACAGGAGCCAAUGAUCAAGGGUGUGUACUAAUGGGUGGGUGGAGCCAGACCUUGAUUGACAGUGGUGUCGCUUUCGACCAUGUGCUCGAUGGUGUCACGUGACAGCCAUGACACUGACCAAUCGGGACUGGACGUCGCCAGCUCGCUCUCCUCCUCCUCCCCCCCCCACCCCAACACCGAGGGCUCGGGAGCACCUCCCACCCAAUCACAUAUCGUAUUGGAUCCAGGGGGCUCUGAGCCUCAGUGACGUCACAACCCGCCAGGGACAGAAGAAAGUCACGGUGGACAACUGGAUCUUCGCUGGCCGGCCUUAAAAUGCUGCAGAGAUGUUGCUUCGAUUCUGUGUCUGGCCUCUGCUGUUCCUGCAGUGCCCAGUGUCAACCUGAGGAACAGCACCUCACCCCCUGACUGUGCACCUUACAGCCCUCGGGACUCUACAACCGAAAAACUUCAGAUAACCAGCAAUUUCCUCUUUGUAGCAGAACCGGUCAGUUCUGAUGAAAGUUAUCAACUGGCAACUUUUAACCCCAGAUAUUCUCUCUCUGUAGAUGCUGCCUGACCUGCUGAGCAUUUCCAGCAGUCUCUGUACGUCAGAUCGCCGGCAAUGUUUCCCUCCUUACUCUGUUUACAUCUCCUUCAGGCAGCCGAACAGUGAACAUUCACCACCCUCUGUCGACUGGCAGCCCGCAAUUCCCUCCCAUUUCCUCAACUCUCACCCCCUUUUUCUGUAACUUAUAACAUUCCUGUUUUUAAACUCUUCCCAGUUCUGAGGAGGGGUCAUCAACCCGAACCGUCGACUCUGUCCGUCCCACCACAGGCGCUGCCCGACCUGCUGACUAACUCCAGUCUUCUCAGCUUUUAUUUAACCUGCUCAUCUUUGUGUUCAAACCCCUCCCUGGCCGUGACCCCAUCCCCAGAGAUCUUCCUCGACCGUACCUCCUGUGCCUGAUCUUUAAUGUGUGCUCCCUUGGCAAUCUCAGGCCAAAACUCUGGACUUCCUCAACCCCGUCUACCCUCUGUCCUGCAAGACUCCAAUUAAAACUGAUCUCACUGACCGAGCUAUUAAUCCUAAUGCCUCCUUUUUAUGACUUCAGAGAUCCUCCAGGUUAAGGGUGCUAUAUAAAUGCAAGUCGUUGAUGUUUCAGUGGUGGGUUGGAUGCAGGGCCCUGGAUAGGAGGAGCAUCACUUUGGGGCAUUUUAAUGUUGUGGCCUGACUUACAUUCAGCAUGUUCGGGGUUCACCUAAUGCCUAGUGACCACAGAUCUCCUGAUUCAACAUUAACUUGUGGUCGGAGAAAAGAACUAGGAGCGGGAAGAGGCCAUUCAGCCCCUCAAGGCUGCUCUGCUGUCUUUUACCUCAGCACCAUUUUCCCUAUCUGCUUAUCCCUCAAUUCCCCGAACAUCCAGACAUCUAUCCAGCUCCACGUUGAAUGAACCCAAUGGCUGAACCUUCAGUGGAGAACUCCACAGGUUCACCACCCGCUGGGUGAAGACAUCUCUCCUCAUCUCGAUCCUAACUGGCCGUCCCCUUACUCUGAGACCGUGACCACUGGUCCUAGACUCCUCUACCACAGGAAACACCCUCCCCCUAUCUAACCUG